ACUUGGGCGGUGAAGGUAAGGCCCAUUGACUACAGCCCACCACACCUCUACCGACUACGACUACCACUACCACCCAAAUUCUAUUUUCCAACCGGCGGUGAGGUAAUUUGAAGAUGAAGUUGAAGCAGUUGGAGAGUCUUCUCGGCUCUCUUCAACAGUUCGACCACCCCAAGAUUGAAUUGGAGCAAUAUCCCACAGGACCCCACAUCGCAUCUCGCUUGCUCUACACUGCAGAGAAUUCGUUCGGGGAUUUGUGUGAUAAGGUAGUGGCGGAUUUCGGUUGUGGUUGCGGUACCCUAGGACUGGCUGCUGGUCUUUUGGGGGCAGAGCAUGUCACUGGAUUUGAUAUUGAUCAGGAAUCUAUUGAAAUUGCAACCUCUAAUGCAGAUGAACUAGACUUAGACAUCGAUUUUGUUCAAUGUGAUAUCAGGAAUUUAACAUUGUCAGAUCGGCAUAUCGACACAGUUGUAAUGAAUCCUCCGUUUGGAACUCGGAAAAAAGGAGCAGACAUGGAAUUUCUCUCUGUGGCUCUGAAAGUUGCUUCCCGAGCAGUUUAUUCCUUGCACAAAACCUCAACAAGAGAUCACAUCAAAAGAAGAGCAUUGAGAGAAUAUAAUGCUAGCAGCGCUGAGGUUCUGUGUGAGCUUCGCUUCGAUGUGCCACAACUCUACAAAUUUCACAAGAAAAAGGAGGUCGACGUGGCAGUGGAUCUGUGGCGAUUCGUUCCAACAUCUAAUCAAGGAAGGCAUCUCUAGCAGAUUUGCAUCCAUUGCUUGUCACAAAUUUUCCCAGUAGGCAGUAGCCAACAGUGCCGCCUUAAGAUCUCAAAUAUGUGUGGAGGGGCUAGGCCUAAAAACUCAUUUUAAAUAGAAACACGAGACAUGAUGAAUUCUUUGUGAAACAUUAUGAACUAAAAAGGAUGUAAUUUAUUAUUCGAUCCCAUGAAA